UGAAGGGGUCAAACUAUGCAUGCUUAGCAUAUUCUGACAAGGAAAAACUCAAGAGAUUGCUUCGAAAUAAGAUUCUUGCUUCUGCUGGUGGGACGGCUAGUAUAUUUUAUAAAAAUGUUGAAGAACCAAAUGCAAAAGCUAUAAGGGUAAUAAUGGUUCCAAAUAGAAAUAAACAAAAGGGAGGCACAAUAGCAUCUUCUUCCACAAACUAAAGCAUAUUUAUCCACGAAAUAUUCUUUUUCCAUGCAUACAAAUAACACUGCAAAAUACGUUGCUUGGACUCUUUAAAAAUGUUGUUGCACCCAUGUCAGAUCGACACAUUCACACUAUUUUCUAGGAUCCAACAUGCACCCCUUGUCAUCUUUUAAGAGUCCGAGUGACAUAGCUGCAAAGUCUAGACAAACAAUGAGUGUAUAUUACUAGCCAAGCACUCUUUGCGCUUGUCAAUCAGUAUCUCAUUCUUCAGGUAUAGUUUUUCUCUGAUCCCGUCAUCGUCUUUCCUCCCUUUUUCAUCACAAGGCCGGACUCUGAGAAAAAAAAAUUCACAACUUUUUCCACAGAUUGUUGAAACUUUUACAUGGCUGAUCAUAAUGAGAACCUCACUCCUAGUGAGCUUCUUCAAGCUGAAACACAGUCAUGGAACCAACUCUAUUUCUUCAUAGAACAUGUAACAUUGAAAUGUGCACUUCAAUUGGACAUACCUAAUGUCAUCACCAAACAUGACAAACCAAUGACAAUAUCAGAACUCAUGUCUUCCCUCCCUAUUAGCCCUUCAAAAUAUCCCUAUUUUCACCGCCUUACACGAAUAUUAGUUCAUUAUGGCUUCUUGAUUCUACAAAAACAUGAUGAUAACAACGUUGAUGAUGAUAAAGGGUGUUAUUCGCUUGCACCAGCUGAUUGUUAUGUAGUGAAAGACGGGCCCUGGAACUCGAUGGAAGAUCAAGAUACUUUUUUCUUUAAAGCAUGGAGUUGUUUAGGUGAUUGGUUCAAGAAUGAUGAUCCAAGUGCAUUUUAUACAGCAUAUGGAGACUUAUUCUGGAGUAAACUUUCAAGUGAUUCAAGUACUAGUAAUUGGUUUAACGAAAACAUGUCUAGAGAUUCACGAUCAUUCAUGAACGUGUUGAUUGGCAACGAGUAUAAGGAUGUGUUCAAAGGAUUAACAUCUUUAGUAGAUGUUGGAGGAGGGACUGGAACGGUCGCAAUGUCCAUAGCCAAAAGUUUCCCUGACAUGAAAUGUAUUGUUCUUGAUCUUCCUCCUGUUGUGGCUAACUUGCAGGGAAGUGAAAACUUGGAGUUUGUAGCAGGGGAUAUGUUUCAGAAAAUUCCUCCUGCUAAUGCUGUCUUACUCAAGUCAAUUUUGCAUGACUGGAAUGAUGAAGAAUGUGUGAAAAUAUUGAAAAACUGCAAGGAGGCAUUAAGAGGAAGUGGAAAAGUUAUAAUUAUAGACAUGGUGAUGGAAAAUACGGAAUUGGAUGAUGAAUCUGUCCAAGCACAACUCUUUAUAGACAUGUUGAUGAUGGUUUUUGUGGGUAGCAAAGAGAGGAACGAGAAAGAAUGGGAAAAACUUUUCUCAAUUUCAGGUUUUACUAGUUACAAAAUUGUUUUGACUCUUGGUUUGAGGUCUGUCAUUGAGCUCUACCCUUAGAUCUCUCAUGCUUGUGUUGUAUAAACGGGCUAUGUCAAAGACGGGUUCAAGAUUUAAAUUCUACGUGUUCAAUCUUUAAGAUUUUUAGCAUUGAACUCGGUGUAGUUUUAAUAUUAUGGGGUUAUGACCUUGUAUAA